AUGGAUGCCGUCUUGCGGAAGGUUCAGGAGAAAAUCCAGCAGAACUUUCGUCGUGGCGGCGGAGGCUCAAGGUUUUUCAGCACUGCAAGGCGUGGCGAGGGGGUAGAGCUGCACGAGGAACUCAACAGCAACGACAGGGAGAGGCAGAAGAAUGCCGUGAAGCGUAUCAUUGCUGGCAUGACUAUGGGCCGCGAUGUCAGUUACCUCUUCAUGGACGUUGUCAAGCUCGGUCAGACACCAAACCUCGAGCUCAAGAAGUUGGUCUACCUUUAUGUUCUUAACACAGCUAAGCUGCAGCCUGACAAAGCCCUGAUGGUGGUCAACACCUUUUUGCAAGACACAACCAACAGCUCCCCCAUUGUGCGGGCUCUUGCGGUGCGCACGAUGAUGUGUAUCCGCGUGGACUCGGUAACCGAGUACACACUGGAGCCUCUUCGACGCGCCGUGGCAGACCCUGACCCAUACGUUCGCAAGACCGCGGCCAUCGGUCUUGGAAAGUUGUUUCAUCAAAACAUGCAAAUGUUUAUGGAUCAGGGGUUUGGUGCAGAGCUGCUGAAGCUGCUGAAUGAUACUUUUUCUAUUGUCUCUGCCAAUGCGGCGGCCGUUCUAACGGAAGUGAACAACUACAGCUCAACACCUAUUGUGCCAACGGGCGAAUGCAUCAACCGUCUCCUGCAUCACCUGCCGGACUGUACGGAAUGGGGUCAAUUGUUUAUUCUGGAACUUCUUGCUGAUGCAAAGCCCAAAAGCGCAGGGACGGCAGAGGACAUCAUUAACCGAGUACUGCCGCGACUUAGCCACAACAAUUCCUCUGUUGUAAUGGGGGCGAUCAAGGUUGUGGUGAAUCUUGUCAACCGAUGCAGCUCAAUGGCCGUGAGUCAUUUCAGCUCUAGGGUGAACUCUGCGCUAGUAACACUUUUGGGGGGAAAUCCGGAGACGCAGUACGUGGUUUGCAAGAACAUUCAUGCUAUACUUGUGGUAUUUCCCAAUUUGAUCUGCAACAGUCUCGAUUUCUUUUACGUCCGCUUUACAGAUCCGCCGUAUGUUAAGCUUGAAAAACUGCGACUUCUGCUGAAGCUUGUCACGCCCUCUACGGCGGUCCAGAUAUUAAAAGAGUUAGAUGAAUACAGUUCUGAAGUGGAUUUGGUAUUUGCAGAAGAGGUUGUGAAAGGCAUUGCGACCCUUGCAUUAAAAAUUGAUUCGGUUGCCUCGAACUGUGUGGAUUUGCUCUUGCGCAUUGUUGCGAAACGGCCAGAGCUGUUACCGCAGGUGAUCACAAGUUGCAAAAACAUUGUCCGCAAGUACCCGGAGCAGCUCGUUCUGGAGACGCUUAUUGUUGAGCACGGUGCCGAUGUCGUUUCGGAGGAAGACGCGAAGGUGUCACUCAUCUGGAUGUUGGGCGAGUUUUGCGACUUUGUUGAGAAUGGAAGGCAGAUUAUUACUCGCUUUAUUGACGAGCUGAUGUCGUACGAGCAACCGGUACAGAUGGCAAUUCUUAGCGCCGUCAUCAAAAUGUUUUUACGUGACCCGGUGGGGAUGGAGCAGACGCUCAAUGUUGUGCUGGAGACCUUGACGACGCGAAGCGAGGACCCUGACCUGCACGACCGCGCCUACGCCUAUUGGCGGCUUCUCUCCAAAGGUGUGGGGGUAGCGAAGAUGAAGCAGAUUGUGCACGGGCACCAUGUUCCCAUCACCGUGGAGUGUACCUUCAGCGACGCCAUGACGAUGGCGGACCUUAAGAAGUCCAUCAACACAACUGCUGUGGUGUUUGGUAAACCGUUUCAAUCCUUUCUUCCACUGUAUGGAAUUCUCAAUGAGGAUGCCAGCGAGGAGGAAGAAGAAGAGACCGAAGAAAACGUCACGGUCGUGCAGGCACCAAUCGUUUCUCCUGAUUCAGUUGCUUAUCCGAACUAUCCCACAUCAGUAGCCAGCGGGCCCCUGGCAUCUAAUCAUGUGGAUCCACUGGAUGAAUUGUUUGGCAGCCCAUCCGUGACUUCGGCUGCGCAGCCGCAACAACCCGAACAACAGCAACAAGAGCUAUUGUUCAGUCAUACGGAUCUUUUUGAUGCACAGCCUCAACAACAAGAACAACAACGGCUGCCACCGUUGGUUCUUCCGGCAGGGAGUGUUGGAGUGGCUGUGCAUUGUCAGCUGGUGGAGGGGCCCGCGCUGUGGAUUGCCCUAGUGAACCACCAAGCCGUGAAAAUUGAUCAGCUUGUGCUGCAGAUCAAUUUAAACAUGUUGGGGUACCUUCCCGAGGCCGGGCUUUCCGACUUUAUGGCCUCCGUGCCUGCUGGUGAAACACGCUUGGUGAAACUGCCGCUUAAGGUGUCGAGAGGGCACUUUGAUGUUGCACGUUCAGCACUGGAGGUUGGAAUUAAGGGAACAAACCUGCCGCUCCUCAUCUUCCGGGUAGAGGUGCCAGCGGAGAGACUCUUGGCGCCUUCUAUUCCAGUAGAAAAGUCCGUCUUCGUAGCUGAAUGGCAGACGCUGAAUGAAUCAGCGGAGAUCAAGCAAACACUCGGUGAACUUGGGGAAAAUAUGCUUGCUUCGCCAGAUCGGCGCGGCAUUUUAGAACGCAAUCAUAUUUUUCUUCUCACCCCGGAGCGUGAUUCGGGAGACUUCAUCUCAUAUUACGGUAAGGUGACUACCACGCUUGGAUUUGAUGGAUUAGUUGAAGUUGUUCUCAACAAGAAGAGGCCGUCGCAAAGUCAGUUGUGUCUCAAAAGUCACCAUGUGGAUUCGAUCAUGCCACUUCUGCUCAAGGUGAUUCGGACUGUGUUUCCCAAGAGAGCGGUGACCAGUGGGGCGGCGGAGGCGGAGACGGAGACGGGCCGUAGUCAUGGAUCAGAACUGGAUAACUGGUUCUCUUGA